UUUCUUUCUGGACCGACUGUAUUGAGUUCGGUUUGCCCCGCAAUCAGCUCAAGGGCCGCUGCUCGAUACUCUGCCGUCUUCAAUGUUCUUCGAGUUGUCAUUUGAUGGGAAUUGCUGGUGCUGAUGGCGGAUUGGAGCAGCGGGCAGCCAUCCCGACUGACUCUCGCCGACCGAGACGACACCGAGAGCGAUCUCUGUGCGUUUUCAGUUCCAGGCUCGAUCGUUUCGGCUGUUCUGCCUCUGGUCUGUGCAUCUCCGAACCGCAUUCCAAUAUCUCGGCCGCCUCGACUCAGUCCCAUGGCCACACCGCUGACGAACGAACCUUCGCACAGCGGAGCCACGGCUUUGACCCAGUGCAAAGACUUUCUGGACGUCUUUCCCGACACUUUCGAUCUCGAAGACUUGCGGCCUGCCGAGCUCGAUUCUCUGCCGUCGGCCUUUCGGGUCCUGGCCGAUCCGUUCCCGUUCGAGGACUCACGGGAGGGCCAGGAAGAAGCUCAGCUGGCACCGUUUUUGCCCUCGACCAAGAAGACCUGUCUAGACGCCUGUCUGCUCGCCGGUAUCGGCCCCGACGACGUCGUUCUCGACAUUGGCUGCGGCGACGGACGGGUGUGUAUCUGCGCUACCCAGCGCUUCGGAGCCCGUCUGGCGAUCGGCAUCGACUACGACCGGGAGCUGGUGGAGAUGGCCGUCCGGGUCUCUGGCGAGUGCGGCGUUGCCGACCGCACCGAGUUCCUGACCCAGGAUCUGGACUCGGCCGAGGCCGUCGAUGGGCUGCGGGAGCUGGUCCUCUCGCGGGGCAUCACCGCCGUAUUCAUGGUCCUUUGCGGUGAGAUGGAACGCCGGCCGUACUGGCAAGGCUUUCUGCGAGAGUUUUGUGUUGGACAGGGAUUGAAGAUUGUGGCCAUGAUCAUCGACAAGAACGAGCUCAUGGGCGCACCCAAGGCAACCUGUCCAGGCGCCUGGCUCUACUGAUUCGCCGAGACUUCCCCCCCCCGCAAUAAAGGCAAGCCCGACUCCUCGGGCAUAUCCGUGC